AGUUGAGCGUAAUAAAACCGUGUGAGCUCAUCGCUGGAGUCAGUGUUCGCUUCGCUGUCACUGGAAUAAACAGUCGCUUGUUCUUUCAGGUGUCUCUCCGCUGCGGACAGACCCGAGUGUGCGCGCGGGACGGAAGUGGACAGUGGACGGAUCAGGUCUCAUUUCACCUGCGGGACAAAGUGGAACUAACGUCACGUGCAGCUCGGUUCUGUAUCAGCCAUAAUGAAGAUCCCCUUAUUUUGUCUGUGUGCACUGGUGAUGCUGCAUGGCCUUGAGGGUGCACUGCCCCAGGCCCCCUCGUAUGGUGAACGGGGCUCAGAUCUCGGCAUACAGGUAUUUCAGCAAGUGGCGCGCUCAAAGCCCCAGGAAAAUGUAGUGAUGUCACCCCAUGGAGUGGCUUCCAUCCUGGGCAUGCUGCUAGCUGGAGCCCACGGUGACACCCGGAAGCAGAUCAUUAGUGGCCUGCGCUACAAGAAAAAUGGUCCUUAUAAGAUGUUGAAGAAACUGCACAAGACCCUGACAGCAAAGUCCAACCAGGACGCUGUGCUGAUCGCCAAUGGCAUUUUCAGCCAGGAGGGUUUCCCCAUGGAGGAGUCCUUCGUAGCCACCAACAAAGGCAACUUCCAAAGUGAGAGCAGGAGCUUGAACUUCAGCAACCGCGAGAAGGCAGCCAAUGAAAUCAAUGAAUGGGUCAACAAUAAGACCAAAGGUCACAUCUCCAGCUUGAUCAAACCAGACAUGCUGGACCCGACACUGACCCGUCUGGUCAUGGUCAACUCAAUCUACUUUAAAGGCUUAUGGAAGUCCCGCUUCCAGCCGACGAACACUAAGAUGAAGCCCUUCAAGGCGGGUGAUGGGAACGUAUAUUCAGUCCCAAUGAUGUCGCAGCUGUCUGUCUUCAACAUAGGUAUGGCCACCACACCACAGGGGGUGAAGUAUAAGAUCAUCGAGCUGCCCUAUCAUGGCAACACCAUCAGCAUGCUGAUUGUCCUGCCCUCUGAUGAGGACACAGCACUGUCCCGUGUCAUCCCACACAUCAGCACAGCCACAGUAAAGAGCUGGACCGAAGUGAUGCGCAUGAGGAAGGUCCAGCUGGCCAUUCCCAAGUUUACUGCUGAUGCAGAGGUAGAUUUGGAAGCUCCACUUGCAGCACUGGGAAUAACCGACAUGUUCAGUCAGGCCAAAGCUGACUUCAGACACAUAAGUGCUGAGGGUUUGCAUGUAUCCAAGGCCCUUCAGAAAGCCAAAAUUGUUGUGAAUGAGGACGGAACUAAAGCAGCUGCUGCCACUGCUGCCAUUUUGCUGGCUCGGUCCUCUCCACCCUGGGUGACAGUGGACAGACCUUUCCUCUUCCUCAUCAGACACAACCCAACAGGUACCAUUCUCUUUAUGGGCCAGAUCAACCAGCCUUGAGCCGAGCCCUCACUGGACAGCCCCUGGUAGUGUCAUAGGCCAGCACAAAAAAAAUACUUCUACACUGCCAUGAUGAACACAAACAAACUCUCACACACACACACACACACACAYRYGYGYGCRCACACACACACACACACACACACACGMGCGCGCGCGCACACACACACUUUUGCUGUAGACUUUAUGUACAGUGUGGACAUAUGAUGUAAUUUGUUAUAAAUAUUGCUUUUUAUGUUUCUCAUUUUCUGUAAUGCAUAACAUGCUUUAUACAAUGUUUUGCAGACUAAGUUUUCUGAAAAGUUUUAAUUUUUUUAUACUUUUUAUUUUGACUUUAUUACAUUUUUAAGACUUGUGUAUUUUCUCAACUCUGAAAUAAUUUACUUUUUUUUUUCUUUCAUUGCAUCACUUUCAGUUUAAAAGCUUUCCAUCUGAAGUCAAGUCACUCCAGUUCAUUCUAAGCUUCACUCCUCAGUUACCUUGAACACUUGACAUUCAGCUACUUAAAUAUGAUUCUUUCCUUCACUGAGGAAGUCUUCUCUUAUUAUACCUGCUUCAUAUUUGAGAAAAUAAAUACACAUAUUUAAAACACCAA